AUGGCAUUACAAAUUGCGGCGGCCGUCUUCGCCCUCCCCUUCGCGGCGGCUUUCCUCCUCUCUCAGCCCUUCUCCCCCUCCGUCCUCUCUCCGCCUGACACGUGGCUUAGAAGAACUCCCCCUGUCGUCUUCAACAUCAAACUCUCUCAAACCAUUUCUUCCUCUCUUCUCACCUACCCUUUCUCCAUCUCUUUCCUUCUCUUCUCAAAAGCUUAUGUGAUCAGACUUCUUCUCCUUGCAGAUAAGCUCUCCUCCUCGUUCUCAGUUCUUUACUUCCGUCUUCUUCGGACAUACAUAUGCAACUCGUUCUUGAUUCUCUCAGUAAACGCCUCCGGUUUUGCUCUCUUCUUCUUUGCCUGCAAUCUCCUCCAAGCGUUUGGAUUCUCCUCUGAAAUCUUUCUUGCAUUCCUCUCUGUUUCUGCUGCCGUUAUCUUCUUCGUCAUUCUUGCAAACGCCCUUGUGAUCUCCAACUUGGCGUUGGCCUUAUCUGCGGCUGAGACAUCAUCGUCAUCAUCAAUGGCGAUUCUCAAGGCGUGCGUUCUGAUACGUGGAAGGAACUCCACGGCUCUGUCUCUGUCUCUGCCUACGAAUCUUGGAUUAGCUGGUGUCGAGGCUUUGUUCCAGUGCAGAAUCGUGAAGUCGUAUUUAUCGGGUGAUAGGGACAUUGCUUCGUUGGUUCUUGAAGGAAUGCUCAUAGCCUAUCUGUACGCCAUCUUCGUCGUUCUCGACACUGUCGCGAAUUUCCUCUUCUACCAGAGCUGCAAGAACGAUCAACGCACGGAUCCAGAAGAAGGGUUCUCGUCCAUGAUCGAAAUCCGCGAAACAGAAACCGCGAAAUGCGUCGUCUGGUCAAAGGGUAUCAAAAAUGUUCCAUGAAACACAACCUUCCAUCGGAACAAUGAUGGCAACAGACGUUCUUGAUUGAUCCAUUCUUGGUGAAGAAAACGAAGACAGAUACUGAAGCAGCUUUAAAGAAGAGUAACAGGGCAUUCACAUGAAACUCAGCUGCAGGGAGGUUUUCGCCAUUCCACAUACUGUUCUGUUUUCCCAAUUUGUCGCGACGUGGUCGUUACACCUUUUUCUUUCGUAAUCAAAAUGAUAUUUCCAAUAAUGUAAAGUCACGUUGCUACAAAUUGUAAUGAUUCGUCCUUGGAAAUUCACGUUUUGGUUAAACCUACAGCAUAGUUUUUCGACAGGACGAAACAGAGAUCAUAUCAAAUCAAGAACCGAAAUCAUGUAUCCAAGAAAAAGCCGAUUCGCUUUUUGGGGACACGAGUUUUUAAAAC